CCUGGGAUGCCAAAGUAUCGAGAAUCUGAUCGAGCUUUGCAUUGUAGGCUGCCUCUUCUUCUAUGGAUUUUAUAAAAACCAGGAUCUGGUCGAGCUUCGCAUGGUAGGAGGCCUCUCUUUCUCGAGCUGCUUGGGAAUCUAUGAACUCAGUAAUUCGGUCGAGCUUCUCGUUGAACUUGAGGGCCUCAUAAUUUUGCUCGACCGGAAGAUGGUUCCAGCACUGCUCGGAAGAAUAAGGGUACGGUUGGGAGUGGUACCCGGGGAAAUAGACUGGCUCGUUGUUCCAAGAGGGGUCGUGCAGGGAGAAAUAUUUGUGAUUGAAAUUCAUUGUACCUGCACACCAAAACAAAACAACCACGCAAUUAUUUUUUUUAUUUUGUUCAUCUACUUCGAUCCCUUUGUUUUUAUUCUCGACAUCAUGAGCGUAUCAUGGGCGUCUUCCGGUGACGAUGAGUUGGAUGUCAUGAUGAUCAACAUGGUCCACUCCGGGGAGAUGGAAUUGUUGUCUGAAUACGGUCGGUGGGAUCCAAUGUUCGUCGAACGCCUAAGAAUCCAGCUAAAUGACAUUGAUGGGGACAAAAUCGUAGAGGAAAAUGCUAUCGAUGACCCGAGAUUUUGGAGGCGACCCAUUAGAAGAUGGGCAGACCCCGAACUUACAUCCCAUGGUGAACCGAGUAUACUUACAGAUGCUGAUGUUGUCAUGUUGCGGAGCGAAAUCCGCGUUCCUACGUCGGUACACUUAUUUUCUCCAUACCCAGGUGAAAGAAUUACAUGCCCCCCACCCGGAUGUGUCGGCGUGUUUGCCGAGAGUUUAAGAUCAGGAUUGAAAUUCCUUUUGCCGCGUAUAAUCACUGAGUACUUGCGGGACUGGGAAUUUCCGAUAUGCCAGAUCGCUCCGAAUUCAUGGAAGCGAAUCAUUAGAUUGUUGGUGCUCUUCGCCGAAAAGAAGUGGGAUCUACCAUCGGCAAAGGAUAUGAGGAGUAUGUUUACAUUUCGGAAGAGCCCGGAUAGACAAGUAUCAGAUCCGCUUCUUACUUUUUCCAUUGUCGGUGAACCCCAGCCAAGAGUCAAAGUUGGCGAGUUAAUAAUGGAGGUCCCCGACACAUUACACGGUUUUCAAGAGGAAUGGUUAUGGGUCAGUGGAGACUCGCAGUGCCCCGACUUCGCUAAUGAUCUUCUUGACGAUGGGACAAGUAUCCCAACGGCUAUUAAAUCUGGUUAUU